AUGCACCGGGCUCGUGUGGGCGGUGAGCUACUAGGACGCGCCGGCGCCAGCGCUGCUGCUGGGCGUGAUCGAACUGGAGUGGUGGGUGGUGGGCGAGACGUGCUGCUGCUCGCGCCACGUCACCUGCACCCUGGUCACUACGCCGAUCGCUGGGCAACAGGCGUUCCGGCGGAGGCCGCGGUGGCUCUGACUGCCGCGUCGUACUCACCGGCGCCGACGUCGCGCGGGCGCACCUCCAUUCGGAGCCCGUGCUUCAUGAACAGCGUGAGUGACAUCUUCUGCUCCACGCAGUGGCCCGGCGCGAUGGCGAGGCGGCAGGUCACUGCUAUGGAGGUGCGUCGUCCGUGCGCGGCGCAUGUCGCCGGAGCAGGAGGCGACAGAGAGGGGGCCGCGGGCGUGGGGCGAGGCGGGUCGCUGGCAGGUGCCCAGCCCGCCCAAGACGCCUUCCCUCGGCUGUUUUUCCUUCUCUGCCAGCCGCGCCGCCGCCCGCCUCCGUCUCUGCCAGCCGCCGCGAUGGAGGCGCUCCACGAGGAGCUGCCCUUCGACCUCGACUUCCACCCGUCCUCCCCCCUCGUCGUCACCUCCCUCAUCACCGGCGAGCUCUGCCUGUUCGGCUACGGCCCGGAGUCGCAGCCUGAGAGGUUAUUUUCGGUAAAAGCUCACAAGGAGUCAUGCAGAGCUGUUCGUUUUGUGGACUCAGGAAAAGUGAUUUUGUCGGGGUCAGCUGAUUGCUCAGUCCUUGCCUCAGAUGUAGAAUCAGGCAAGGCCAUUGCCCGCUUGGAGGAUGCACAUGAGAACGCCAUAAACCGCCUUGUCUGUCUUACUGAGUCUACGAUUGCCACAGGUGACGAUGAAGGCUGCAUUAAGGUAUGGGAUACCCGGGAACGAUCUUGCUGCAACAGUUUUGAAGUCCAUGAUGAUUACAUUUCAGAUAUGACCUAUGUGGCUGACUCAAAUCAGAUACUGGCCACAAGUGGGGAUGGAACUUUGUCUGUGAACAACCUGCGGAGGAAUAAAGUAAGGUCACGAUCAGAAUUUUCAGAAGAUGAGUUGCUAUCCUUGGUGGUAAUGAAGAAUGGUAAAAAGGUUGUUUGUGGAACUCCAAGUGGAGCACUCUUAUUAUAUUCAUGGGGAUACUUUAAGGAUUGCAGUGACCGCUUUCUCGGACACACGCAGUCAGUGGAUACAAUGCUGAAGCUGGAUGAAGAAACUUUGGUUUCUGGUUCAUCAGAUGGUGUGAUCAGAUUAGUGGGCAUCUUACCUAAUAGGAUAAUACAGCCACUUGCUGAACAUUCAGAAUAUCCCAUUGAGGCCCUUGCUUUCUCAAACGAUAAGAAAUAUCUCGGCAGCAUCUCACAUGAUAAAAUGCUGAAGCUCUGGGACUUGGAAGAACUCUUGAAUGGUCCACAGAUAGUCAAUGGUGACGAACCUGCCGAAGCUGGUAGCGAUGAUAGUGAUGACGAUAGCGAUGAUGAUGCGAUGGAUGUAGACAUGGCCGCAACUUCUUCUAAAGGGUCAAGGAGUAAAAAGGCGGGUAAAGGACAGAGUUCAAGUAGGCCGGCAUCAGAUUUCUUUGCAGAUCUAUAG